AUGAAUAAGGGGAAUUUGUUCAAGGACGAGACGGAGAAAGCCAUCGUCCACUUCAUCGUGUACCUCAUAGGCAUUCUGCUGGUACUGUGCGUGUACUACAACUACAUAAUACUCAAGUAUUAUUUUUACUCCCUGUUUUGGGCUUUUAUUGUAUCCAUCCCGCUGCACCAUGUGAAGGUGAAACUGUCCGAGUUGCUACGGAAGAGAUUUUUGCAAGAAGGUACCGGGAGGAAGGACGCAACGUGGAGCCAUCCCGAAAAAUGCGAUAAGGCAAAAAGGAGGUCUGACUUCAUCACCCAAGGAAGCACGUCCACUAAGUACAAAAAAAAGUUACACAGAUUUGUAAAGAACGUGAAAAAGGAAUUACACAUUUACCUGUAUAUGUUCCUUCUCCUAAUUAAGCCCAUAUACAAGAGAGGAGAGAAGGGAGAGAAAAAGGAAAACGUAACUAACCAUUUGGAGAAUUAUGAACAGAGGAAUGCCAGUGAAAUAUACUUCCUAGUCCUACACAGAUUGAUCCUAUUUUACAUUUUACGAGAAAUUUUUUUCAAAUAUAAGGAGCAGUACAUGAAUGACCUCCUGACUGUUCUGAUAAUUAUCUUCGCCAUAAUUAUUUUCUCCGCCAUUUCUAUUUUGUUCAUUGUUAAUAUUUAUGGCGAGUCUCUCUACAUUAUCAACUCGAUUAACGGGUACCUCUCCGCCAACUUCCGCAAUACGGCCAUCUUCAAGAAUUUUCGAAAAUUCUACCGCAAGACGGGAAAAGGAGACAUCGAAGAUUUGUACGAACUCGUGAACCUGAACAAGGUGCCCUUCCUCAGCAACAAAACUCUGGCUUCCAUUUCUGGGCACCUGAAAAGAGCAUUCGAUAUAUAUCAGCAUGUAUACGCACACAUUUUUUUAAAGAAUGGGACGAGGCAUAUAAGUGCCUGUUGUUUGCCGGUACUCCUGGGCAGACUUGCCCUCCUUGUGGCAGGACCCAAUUUGGCUAGCAUUAAGAGACAUACUCUUCAUUUGUUGGCACAGAAAAAGGACAAAAAAUUUUAUUUGCCCAAAAGUGGGGAAGAGUGCUCUGUGGAGGCUUGCCUAAAUGAGGUUGACGAUUCUCGCGGUUCCUUCAGCUUCAAAAGGUUGCUUCGGUCCCUGUCACAGUACAUUUUUUUAUUUUCAAGUCGGACGCGAGAUCGUACGGAUGAGGAGGGCUCCACGUCGGUUUACUACGCUGGGGAUGGUAGACGCUACGAUACUGCGAGACACGUCGUUUUUAAGACCAUAUUUGGGAUCUCCCCGGGGGGGAGUUCCGAAGCUCAUCAGCGGUGCAGCGCGCAAUGGGGGGAAUACUGCAGGGGGGGGAAAACCGAGGGCGGCGACCCCAAAGCGGGUGGAUGGGGUAGACCGGGAGGUGAACAGAACGUAGUGCAAUCAGACGGAUGGGGCAGCCCAGGAGGUGAACAAAACGUUGCGCAAUCGGACGGAUGGAGUAACCCAGGAGGUGAACAAAACGUUGCGCAAUCGGACGGAUGGAACCCUCACCAAGUCCAGCGCGCAACCCACCUGUACGACGACCCCCAGAAGGAAAAAAACUUCAAGUUCAAAGAAUUCAUUGGCUACCUAAACAGCCUGUUCUCCUCCAUAAAAAAAAUCGAAGACGUGGGAAAACUCACAAAGCAUUUAAUAUUUAACAACAGCUACGGACUCAUAAAAAUAAUAAAAUCUGCCCUCAGUUAUGUGAACGAUAUUUUACUCGUCGUGGAUCCCUCCAGCAUAUUCUUCUACAACAUCACGAUGAAUUUGAAGGCCAUUAUUACAUGUACCUUAAAGAGGGUAUACUUUUAUACGCUAUAUAUUUGGCUAGUUUUUUCCUUUUUUGAAUUUCCAAUAAUUUAUGUGCCAACAUUAGGUUGCAUUAUCCUAUCUCUGAUUCCGAUCAUAUCUCCCGAAAUUGUAAUUCUUGUGAUUGUUGUGCAUCUUUGGAUUAUCCAGAAGAGGAAGGUCGUUUCUUCAAUGCUGUUUGCAAUUAAUUUUUUUGUUUAUCUUUAUUUCACCACGAGCAUAUACACAGAGAUUCCACACACUCAUGCUUGGUUGGUUUCUCUGUCGCUCGUCCUGUCUAUCAGUACCUUUGGAUCCAAGGGCCUCAUUUUGGGUCCCCUCAUCGGCUCCAUUCCUCUCAUUCUGCAUCAGAUUGCCAUUAACAAGAACAGGUCUGCCCAGGGAAAGAAGCGCAAGCGGAGGGGCAGAGCGGAGAAAAGUGCAACGUGCACACGGGGAGAACGAAAAUCGAGCAAUUCGCAAUAUGCGCAUGGAGAGAUGCACACACCAGGUGGGGAGAUAUCCACCCCAACUGUGUCCCAAAAGUAUAUCCCCAGAAUGGAGUGCCGCCACGUGAAGAAGAAUAAUAUCGUAGAAGAAUCAACCGGAGCUACAAAGGUGCCGCCUCACAAAAUAGGCAAGGAAGUUCCCCAAAAUGGAAUCGCCCAAACGGAACGAAAAAAAACUUUUUUAUGGAAAAACAAACUGAACAAUCUAUACAAAAUAAUCGAAAUAAAUAAAAGUUACAUCGACUCGUAUGAAAGGCAUGUCCGUACAAACAGCUGCAGCCAGUGCAUGCAAAAUUACAUGCAAAAUGGAUCCCUAAAUGAGGAGCAACAUGGAUCCUACCUGGAUCUCCUACACACAGAGGAAAACAAAUUAGCUCUCUACAUUUACAAGCGAGAUAGAGGUAGCAAAUGGGAAAGAAAAAAUAACCACAAUCAUUUUUCCAAAAUGGAAAGCAAAGGUCGCUUUAAGCAUCACGUUGCUUGCAAAAGAUUUAGACGCCUCGGCAGUCUGUGCGAUAACAUACAGAGCAACUUGAGUUCCUUGUUCAAGUACAUAACGAGUGACUCCUGA